AUGGGUGAAAACGACAGGCGCAAAACGACGUUUUCAACGCCGCAUGGCCACUAUGAGUACAACAGAAUGCCUUUUGGCUUAAAAAAUGCGCCGGCGAUGUUUCAGAGAUUGAUGAACUCAAUCCUGAUAGGAUUACAAGGCAUAACAUGUUUUGUGUACCUCGAAGACAUCGUGAUAUACGGUGCGAGCUUGCAAGAGCACAGCAAGCGGUUACGAGAAGUUCUUGACAGAUUACGAAAGGGAUAUCACCGGCUCAAAAAUAGAGGCAGUCAAGGGAUUUCCAGUUCCGAAGAAAGCAAAAAAUAUCCAAGCAUUCAUAAGUUUGGCAGGGUAUUCCAGAAAGUUCAUAGGCCAGUUCUCAAAGAUAGCAAAGCCGUUGACACAAUUGUUGCAAAAAGAAUAAACGUACCGUUGCUUGCGUAUCCCGACUUCGAUAAAAAGUUCGUUGUCACAAUCGACUCGUCGAGUUACGCGAUCGGCGCGGUGCUAUCGCAAGGUGCGCUCGAAGAAUGUGACUACGAGAUCGUGCACAAAAAGAGAAAAGCGAAUACCAACGCAGACGCGCUGAGUAGAAUCCCCGCGGAAGCAUGCACGUGCGAAGCGAAGAAGAGCGAGAAAGCAGAAGAAAAGAGCGAGAAGCGAGAACUCACCGAGGAAGAAAAGAAACAGAUACUGUACGAGUAUCAUGAUUCACCGGUGGGCGCGCAUCAAAGAAUAGCCCGUACGAUAAAAAGAAUAAGAAUGAAGUACGAUUGGCCUAAGCUACCGAGCGACGAUAGCCUCACGAAGUUCACUAAGACGGUACCCGUUCCGAACCAAGAAACCGCGACGAUAGCGAAAGAAUUUGCGACAAAAAUUGUAUGCGAGCACGGGGUACCGGAAACACUUUUAACCGAUAGAGGUACUAAUUUUGUUAGCGAAUUGUUCAAAAACGUUUGCAAACUAUUCUGGAUAAAUAGAAUACAAACGACGGCUUAUCAUCCGGAAAGUAACGGCGCGUUGGAACAAUCACACCGAACGCUAGCCAAAUAUAUACGCCAUUAUGUAAACGAAAAUCAGACGGAUUUGGACGAGUGGAUGCCGUACGCAAUGUUCGCGUAUAAUACGACGCCGCACACAGCAACGAGCUUUACACCCUUUGAGUUGGUGUACGGGAAAUGCGCGGAGUUGCCAACCGCGUUAACUAAACUACCGUCAACGCAAUAUAGUCUCGAAAAUUACGCGCAGGAAAAGAAAGACUACGAGCAACAAAUCGCGUAG